CUCCUCGGAGCCAAUCACGUGGCUCGGUGUCACUGUACAUUAGCCGGUCUUCCGCCUGUGGCUCAGGUAGACGGGACGUUCUGCGGAAAAGUCUUCUCUCUGGACCUGCAGUCACCUCGCUUUGUCCAUCAUGACGGUGAACGGCACAGCAGACAUCUUGAGCUCUGCGUACCUCGCAGUGGAGUACGUCGAUGCAGUGUUACCCAAAAACCCCCUGCAGCCUUCCCUGGAGUACGCGUGGGGCUACAUGCUGGACAACUACACCAAGUUUCAGAUCGCAACCUGGGGGUCACUCAUCGUCCACGAGUUCAUCUAUUUCCUGUUCUGCUUGCCUGGUUUCCUCUUCCAGUUCCUGCCCUUUAUGCAGAAAUACAAGAUCCAGCCGGACAAGCCGGAGACGUGGGAGAAACAGUGGACAUGUUUCAAGAUGCUGCUCUUCAACCAUUUCUUCAUCCAGCUGCCUUUGAUCUGUGGAACUUAUUACUUCACUGAAUUCUUCAACAUCCCGUAUGACUGGGACUCCAUGCCUCGCUGGCCGUAUGUCCUGACUCAGUGCUUUGGUUGUGCCGUGGUUGAGGACACCUGGCACUACUUCCUCCAUCGCCUGCUGCAUCACCGCAGGAUCUACAAAUACAUCCACAAAGUCCACCAUGAGUUCACAUCUCCUUUUGGAAUGCAGGCAGAAUACGCCCAUCCUGCUGAGACCCUCAUCCUGGGCGCGGGCUUCUUCAUUGGCAUCAUGAUCUUCUGUAACCACGUGUUCUUCCUGUGGGCCUGGGUGUGCUUCCGCCUGCUCGAGACAAUCGACGUCCACAGUGGGUAUGACAUUCCUCUGAACCCCCUCCACCUGAUCCCGUUCUACGCUGGCGCUCGUUUCCACGACUUCCACCACAUGAACUUCGUUGGGAACUACGCGUCGACGUUCACCUGGUGGGACAAGGUGCUGAACACGGACAACCAGUACAACAAGCACAUGCUGAAACAGGAGGAGAAGAAAGCGCAGUAAAGCACCGCUCACACACUUAGCACAUAAACAGUUGCUGUUUUUGGUCUCAGUUCACUACGUUAAACACACACUGAAGGUUGUUUCAAUUGAUUUGAUUCUGAAUCAGACUGCCUGUUGUCUCCAGUCCACCCUCUGUGUCUUUAUGCACCGAAGAGAAUUGUUGCUGAAUGCUCGCUGAAUAAAAACCAUCAACAUCCUCAUAUUGAUUUGUUGCUUUGACAUGUGAAAUGCUUCUUGUUUACCUCUGAAUUUCUCAGCACUUUAAUGCUUCCUCUCGACUUUAAUUGAGUUUUUACUCUUUUCAUGAGGAAGUUUUCUGAACUCAGUGCUGACUUCUGAAACAAGUGAUGAAAAGGGAUUUGCCCCAGAUGUUUAAGCCUUUUCUUUUUUUUUUUUUACGACUGUAACACAAAUGAAAAAUGCUGUUUUAAUUUUUACAAAAAGAAAAAUCUUGAGCUUGUAUUUUUUUGUUUUUUUGUGAUAUUAGAAAAUAAACUAUUUUGAACAGGUG